GUGGUCAUUGUCUUCUUGCUGUCACACCUGCCACGAGUUCCAGCUACUCCUUUUGUUUAUUUUUGUGGCGCACAGCUUCUCCCAUUAAUUCCACACCCAACUCAAGCGGAACACCCGGAGUCCUAAAGAUGGGAGACGUCGGCGGCGCAGCCCCUGCCCCGGCCAAGGGCACCAGCCUCUUCCUUCAAAUCGUCGAACACCCGGACGGCACUAUAUCCCGUCCCACCGUCCCCCUCGCUCCCCCCACCGUCGACCACCACCCCGACUCCUCCUCCGUCCUCUCCAAAGACAUCCCUCUCAACCCCACUCACAAGACUUUUAUCCGGAUCUACCGUCCCAAUCUCCCCUCCGCCCAGAAGCUCCCCAUCGUCAUCUUCUCCCAUGGCGGCGGUUUCGUGGUAUUCAGCACGGCCUCCGUCUUCUACCAUGAAUUCUGCGAGCAGAUGGCCACAGCCGUCCCCGCGCUGGUCAUCUCUCUCGACUACCGUCUCGCCCCGGAGCACCGGCUCCCUGCGGCCUACGAGGACGCGGUGGAGGCGGUCCUCUGGGUCCAGGCUCAGGCUCAGGCCCAGAAGCCGGCAGCGGGAGAGCCGUGGCUAACGAGCCACGGGGACUUCUCCCGCUGCUUUCUGAUGGGCAGCAGCUCCGGGGCCAAUAUGGCUUACCACGCCGGGCUGCGUGCCGUGGCCCUGGAGCUGCAGCCCGUAAGGCUGGUUGGACUGAUCCUGAACCAGCCUUACUUUGGAGGGGCGGAGAGAACCCCUUCCGAGUCGGCGUCGGAAGAGGAUCCGGUCGUUCCCCUCCGCGCCAACGACAUGAUGUGGCGUCUGGCGCUACCGAAAGGGGCCGACCGAGACCAUGAAUUCUGCAACCCGGUGGCGGCGCCGCCUCCUCGGCCGAUUGGGCUUCCCAGCUGCAUGGUGAAGGGCUGCCAAGGGGAUCCCCUGAUCGACAGGCAGCGGGCGUUCGUGAAGAUGCUGGAGGAGGAAGGCGUGAGUGUGGUGGCUAAGCUGGAUGAGGGAGGGUUCCAUGCCAUUGAGCUCUUUGAUCCUGUCAGAAGGCAGGCCCUGUUCGCAGAGGUUCGUGAUUUCAUCUCUUCUACUGCUGCUGCUGAUGCCGCUGCCGCCACAUGAAUUAGAUGGGAAUAAAGUAUGAAAUAUGUGUGAUUUGUUUUAGUUUUUAUUUGACUUUAUGGUGUUGCAGGUAUGAUAAGAAGUCAGUGCCAUGUAAUUAUUUUGUCGUGUUCAAGCCGAAUUCUUCUUUCUUGUUCAUGUUUUUGGUGUGUAGAAGAUAUUAUUAUAGGGUUAUUUAAGAAUAUUUGAUGGGAGAAAGAGCAGAACGAAGCUGUAUGUAAAAAAAA